AUGGAAGAGACCGAAUCACUUCCAUAUGGUUGGGAAGUCAACGUGGAUCUCAAACUCUUUGUCCACAGUCCAAAACAACACAACUUGGAAGAUAAAUUCUACUAUUCUGAUGAUUUUCUUGUUGGAGACCGUUACUGGAGACUAGGCUUUAACCCUAAAGGUGAUGGAGGAGGCAGACCACAUGCACUUCCAAUCUUCUUAUUUGCUCAAGGCUUUAGACCAAAUGCAGUUGCUACAAACACUUGGGGUGCGGUUAAUCUGCGCUUAAAGAACCAACGUACCUCCAACCACAGACAAAUAUAUUCUGCAGCUUGGUACCCGAUUAGAAGCGGUUAUGGUGUGGGAGUGAACAACAUCAUAUUUUUGGCAGAUUUAAAGGAUACAUCUAAAGGGUAUUUAGUGAAUGAUGCCAUUAUAUUUGAAGCUGGAAUGGUUAAGAUCUCAGUGACCAACAUUGUCCCUGUUUAA